GAAUCUGAAGAAGCCAAAGAAGACCUGGCAAGUCGACAUGACCAGCCUGAGCCCCUCAUCUUUUCAGCUACUAUUAAAAAAAUUUUCCAACCGAAGGCCAACAGUUGUUUUGGUCGAUGAAUUCGUCGAAGCUCUAAAGCAAUUUUCUUCAUGCACUGAGAGUCUUGGCUGCGUACAAAGCUCUUUUUUUAAAAGCAUCCAUGGAAAUAUGAUUAUAUGGUAUGGAGCAUGGCAGAAGAGAUCUUGUGAAAACAAAGAGUUAUUAUGUAAUACCCUUAUCUCAAUGUUAAACAGUAUAUCAAGCAUGGGUAUCUUAAUUGACCAUAGCUUCAUUGAUGCAUACGCUGGAGAGUCGAGAGACAGCUCCUCAGCCAUAAGAUUUCACACAGGUGACAUAAUAUCCAUGUAUGCAGGCUCUGCAGCAGCCGCCUCUGCCAGAGACAUAGACGACCUUUCAUAUGCAUGCUUAGCAGUAUUCAAAUCUCGUUUUCCAAAGAUGGAAGGUGCUGCAGCCGGAGUUUGCUUUAGAUGCCAAGGCAAGCCAAAAGUGGUAUGCCUUUUUCUGUGGAAGUCAAUCCAACUUUGUUACUCAUGGAUCCUAAGCUCAGAUCAGAGAAAGGAUAUUCUGUCCUAUCUCGAUCGCUUAUCUGCUGACAUUAAGUAUGACAUCUUUCGGGUUGUCUAUGUCAGCAGUGACAGUGUACUAAAGUUUCAGUCUUUCCCUCCUCCUACUGAAAUAUUAGAAAAUGGAGGAGAAAGCAAAGAAGGGCAGGUCAUGCAAAAUUGAGAUGGUUUCAUAGAGGAAAUCCCACUCAUGGAGGGAACUAUAGUUGUAGAUGAAAGGGUAAGAUAUUACUUUUUUACAUGAGACCUAGAUAGAUAUUGAGAUAUGAAGUGGUAUCCAUAAUCCACUGGUGUCUGUAGUGGAUCACUCGAUCUCUUUAUUAUUAAAAACUUGUUCUGAUUUAA